UCCCCCUACAUAAGUCAUAACCAGACAUUUUUGAGAACAAGAUCUGGAUCUUUAAUGGGACGAUGAUGGAUCACUUCAUGCUGCUGCUCAUAUUUCUUUCAGUGUUUACAAAUUUAACACAUGAGCUUUUGUUUGGGAGUUUAAACUCUGGUGGCGCUGCUACCACUACCACUACUACCCAGUCCAUUCCCACCACUAUUACCACUAUUACCACUAUUACCACUACUACCCAGUCAAUAUCCACCCCUGUUACCACAUCCAACCCUACUAUCACUACUACCCAGACCACUAAUACCCAGUCUACAACCACCCCUAUUACCACUACUAUUAUCCCUACUACCACGGCAUUAAGUACUAUGACCACCCCAGCACCCUCAACUACCACUUUAACCCCUUCGACAGCAUCAGCUACCACUCCUAACCAACUUUUAACCACUUCUCAACCUACAGGUAAUACCUGUCCAGAGGAAACACUCAACGGUUUGACCUUCCCACUCGCCGCGAUCGGUCAGAUUAGUUUUUCAACUCAGCUUUGCCCUCCAGGAACAGCCAGUGCUGGUGUUCCUUUGGGUUCAGCUCAGUGUUUGAACUUAACACUUUUCCAUGCAUUUGGCGGACUUAAACUUCUGGACUGUGGCUUGAAUCUGGAAGUGUUUGAAAGCAAAGCUAACGGGACUCUUGAAGAAAAUAUAAACAUUGCCUCCAGUGUCCAGAUGAUUGCGUCCAAACCCGAGCAGCUGACGUCCCAAAACAUCACCUCAGCUGCUACGAUCAUCACUAAUCUCCUGUCUGGCACCAUGGUAAAUGAGUUAGUUGCAGAAUCAGUGGUGGGCACCAUCAGUCAGCUCAUGCAAACUGAUAAAAACCAAUACUCUGAAGACACCUAUGGUGCUUUUGAGAGUCUCACAAAGACUUUGGAGGAUUUUGCUUUGAACAUGAUUAACAUUAACUCUGGUGUACUAGUGCAACCAAACCUAGUGGUGCAAAGCAUCAAAUUGUCAAACUGGACCUAUGAACAAGUGCAAUUCUACAAUGUAACAGGACUGUCAGAGAAUUCCAAUGAUCUCCUGUUAAAUAUCAAACUGCAGAAUGAUUCCCAGAACGACAGUGGGAACAGAAAUCUCAGUAUUGGAGUGGUGCUUUAUGAAAAUGAUCAAUUUUUCAACUCCAAACAAUUUAAGAGUGAACUCGAUACCAAGAGAAGAGUGGUGUCUGCCAGCCUCACGGACAAAAGCUUGCUUGAUAACGUGGAGUUCAGCAUCAUGCCUGAGAAUAUUUCAACAUCUUAUGACUUUGCAUGUGUGUUUUGGGACUAUGCUUAUAGCGACUGGAGAACAGAGGGCUGCGUCAAAAUACGUGAUGCCAAUGGAGUGCAUUGCAAAUGUAACCACACCACCAACUUUGCAGUUCUUGUGAGCUUUAGAGCAGACUACACUUAUUCUGAGGCUUUAAACUGGAUCAGUAUUGUGGGAUGCAGUCUGUCUAUUGUGGGUUUGGUCCUCACUGCAGUUUAUCAAAUUAAGACCAGGAAACAAAGAGGAGCCAUCUCCACCAUGCUCUUGGUGAACAUCUGUAUCUGCAUGACCACCUACUACCUUCUCUUCAUUUUUGGGAUCAACAAUCCGGUCCAGAGCUCAUCGGUUUCAGAGAAGAACGUUAUUCCUUCUUCAGAUGUGCAGGAGACAGUCGAUCAGGGUCCUUGUACGGCGAUCACAGCCCUGCUGCAGUACUUCCUGCUGUCCACGUUUGCCUGGAACAUCUUGUAUGCGGCUCAUGUGUUUUUCCUCAUUAGAAAUGCCCUCAACGGUCCGCCCAAAGCUUUCCGCACCAUCGCCAUGACUGUCGGCUGGGGUCUGCCUGCUGCUAUUGUUGGUAUCUCUCUGUCCACCACCUACAGCUUUAGGAACCCUUUAGGUUAUCGACAAGAGGCGUUCUGUUGGUUGGCGUCUCUGGACAAGGCGGGAAGGUUUGAUCCGAAGCGGCCGAUGUUGUGGGGUUUCUUGCUCCCUCUAGCGGUCAUGUUGUGUUUUAACACAUCUCUGCUCGUCUAUUUCUCUCAAACCAUCUGCUGUGCGAAUCCCAACCUCAAGAGCUCACGGGGGACUCCUAUGAAGAAGAAGAUUUUGAGCAGUUUCUCUCUGGCCGUGGUGCUCGGUUUGUCCUGGGUCGUUGGCUAUUUUGUGCUUAUUACUCAUGAGAAAACACUUUACAUCAUUCUCAGUGUGGUCUUCUGUCUCUGCAACACGACGCAGGGUCUUCAGAUUUUUAUUUUUUUCACACUGCUGUCUUUUGUAAAGACAAGGUCCAGAAACAAACUGGAUUCUAAGACUGAAUCAAAGGCGGAGCCUUAAGAAAUGGACACAAAAAGCAGAGGACAACAGACAAGAUGAAUAAGUCUUUAUUAUUAUUAUUAUAAUUAUUAUUAUUAAUUGUAUUUUUAGUGAUAGGAAACCAUUUGCCUUGUGACAUUUUUUUAUUAUUUGAGUUUAAUGUAAAUUGCAUAGUUUUGUUUAUGUGGUUUUUGUCAGUGUUGGGCACAUUAGUUAGAAGAAAUAAUUAGUUAUAGUUACUAGUUCCUUCUCACAAAUAGUUACUAACUGAGUUACAUAAUUUUGAAGUAACAACUUACCAGGGAAAGUAACCAUUGCGUUACUUAAAUAGCAAACUUGGAUGCCCCUACUAUUAAAUGUUAAAUUAAUGAAAUAAAUAUAAUACAUUACGAUUAUAAAACAUUGUACAUUCAUCUAUUUAUCCACUGACAUGUAGCAGAAGCCAGAAAUAAAUUCUAAUAUAAUAUUAUUAUAAUUUAGCAUUAUGUGACGAUAGAUCUUUAGUAAUCAGAAUUACCAAGUAUGAAUGCAUAUUUGUUAUGCUAAAUGAAUUAGGACUGGUGGUGGUGGUUUUUCUAAAAAAAGAGGAUAUACAAAUUCUACUACUAAUAACAAAUUUUGUUAAAUGUUGGCGAACAAACAGUUGCUGGCACGCUGUUCGUCACCUUUUAUAUCGAUGUUAUUUUCAUCCUCUUCAAAUGAGUAAACUCGAAAACAAUGAACCAUUUCAGAGUAAUCAGGAUAAUAAAUAAAUAGUGAUUUGGCGCCAGUCGUGAGUUUGAGGACCUCUCCCGAUCCAGCCCCUCUCAAUGUACUUCCUGUAUUACACUUUCCCAAAAAUACAUAAACAAAUAAAAGUCAAGGAACAAAGACGAGUCCUACAAAUCUCGAAUUCAUCGUCAUUUAAAAAAAAACCUUCGUGUUAGUAAGGUAUGCAGGGGUUGCACAAAAUAGAUGAGAAGACACCUGAGAAAUAGUCGCGAUUAAUUGCUCAGGUGUUUUAUCACCAUGUUUUACGUUGAGCCCCGACUGGAUUUAUAGUUUUAGCAGUCUGCUUUGUGAGGUUCUCUGAGCUCAGUUUCUGUGGAAAUCGCCAUUUUUCAGGCAAACCUUGUGGGUUUUCUGGCACUCGGAGGCUCUAUGUGUUGUUUGGACGCAUUUUGUCUCAAGUUAAACUUCCAGAACGUCAGAACCUUCCAGAAUCAGAACAUUGAAGGCCGUUGAUUUUAAUACAUGUUACAGGUUCUCCAGCUAAACGAACUCCCACGAAUGGUCACUUUUGGGAGGCUGACAAGUCUUACAUUUCACCCUUAACACAACUGAUAUACAAACUAGAGUCUACAGACAAUGGAAUAUGAGGAACAUAUAAUAACAAUGUAUCCUACAGAGCUGUAUUAAUUCAA